CCUCCAGACUCCAGUCCACAAACAGGAGCUCUCAGCCAAGCGCCCACGACAGUAAACAACGCGGCGCCGCCACCGGUUUCUUUUGCCGAAGGAAGGCGGCAGGGAGAUAUAGCACGCUACAGCCGCAGCCCGCAGGCAAGCACCGCGGUCCGUGGCUAGGCUACACCUACACCAGAUCUUCUUAGCUGGGGACCAAGCAAAGCAAGCAAGGCUACCCGCAACCGCCAACUGACCGCUGUAGCGGAGACGAUGGCAGCCGCCGCGCCCUCCUCGUCCUCGUCCUCGUCCGCGCGGGCGCGCGCGCGCGCGCCGCCCCGGCCAUUGCAUCCCCUCGCCCGCGGCGGCCCCGAGCGCGAAGAAAUGGAGGCCGUCGCGGCGACCCACCCCGGCGCGCCACCGAUGCGGCGCAAGGGGAGGAAGCAGAAGCAGCUGUGGCCCAGGACCGUGCUGCGGAAGUGGCUCAACAUAAGGUCGCCGGAGUCCGACUUCAGCGCCGACGAGGGCGACACCACCGGCGACGACACCGACAGCGAGGUCGAUUACGAAGGAAUGAAACAAAAGAUGGGCGUCUAUUUCGAUGAACUACCGGAGUACAAUGUUAUUCCUCGUGGUUUCCAAAACGAUAAGAUCUCCCACUUUAUUUUUAUAUCCUGCAUUUUGUUUACGAGUUGUAAAAGAAAAGGAAGGUCCGAAUCUGAUUGCACGAAAUACAGUUGCAGCACAUGGUAGCUUACAAAAAAGCGGGUAACUUUCUGAAAAGGGAAAACAGGGAGCAUAAUGCUGCACUUCACUUUGUUGGCGGUGAUUUCAGAGAUGUGCGCAUGGGAGCGCAAGUUGCACGAUGAGGAGAGGAGCGUCCGAGGAUUCGGUGCUGAGGCUAUUGGAAACCAAUUGGGGGUGGUUCCUUGUGGCCUUCGUAGAAGGCGCAAGUCAGAGACCCUUCGUGCUCAGUAUAUUGAUGUCAGGGAGCUCAGGAUUUGUGCUGGAACAUGGAAUGUUGCAGGCAGACUUCCACCUAAUGACUUGGAUAUCCAAGAAUGGUUGGAUAUGGAAGAGCCAGCUGAUAUAUAUGUUCUUGGAUUUCAAGAAAUUGUUCCACUAAAUGCUGGGAAUAUAUUUGGCGCUGAAGACAACCGCCCUGUAGCAAUGUGGGAGCAUAUUAUUCGUGAAACUUUGAAUAAGAUCAGCCCAGAUAAACCCAAAUAUAAAUCUCACAGUGAUCCUCCUUCUCCGUCAAGGUUCAAGCCAUCUGAUGAUGCUUUUGUUAUGGAAGAUGAACUUAUUAGUGAGUCUGAUAGUGAAGGUGAUGGGGAGGUGCACCCAUUGAACGAACAAGAUUUGGUCGACUCUGUUGAUGGCAUUCAUGGUAACAAAUGUGAACCUCAAACAAUUUUACAAGAUGAAGAGUUCAGCAGGUUGCCUUCAGUGAAGACUUUUGACAGAUCCAAUAACCUAAGUUUUAAAGAAUCUAAUUUGGAAGAGAAGAUCUGCCAGAAGAUAUUAACUAAAACAUUCAGUCACUCAGAGAGGCUUGGGAUGAUUUGGCCUGAACCACCAUUGGAUAUGUUUGCCCAGUGUCUUCCAGACAGCACAAAGCCAUUUGCUUCAGGAAAGGUUUUAAGAUCAUAUUUGUCUUUCAAGUCGGUAAAUGGAGAUUCUGGUCCAUUUGCUGAGGACAAUUCAGUUCCUGAUUUUUAUAUGAGCUGUGCAGCAGUUAAAAGAAAAAGGCCAUACUUUGUAAGAAUAAUAAGCAAGCAGAUGGUUGGAGUGUACCUAUCAAUAUGGGUACGAAGAAGCCUCCGAAAGCACAUUCAGAGUCUGAAAGUAUCAACUGUAGGGGUUGGUGCUAUGGGCUACAUUGGUAAUAAGGGAUCAAUAUCAGUAAGCAUGUCCAUAUACCAAACACACUUUUGCUUUAUAUGUUGUCACCUGACCUCUGGAGAAAAGGAAGGAGAUGAACUAAAAAGGAAUGCUGAUGUUCAAGAAAUCCACCGAAGGACAAUAUUUAAUCUAGUUUCGAGAGUCAACAUGCCUAAAACGAUAUAUGACCAUGAAAGGAUUGUAUGGCUAGGUGAUCUCAACUAUAGGAUCAACUUACCAUAUGAGAAGACACACGAACUCAUAUCCAAGCAGGACUGGAACAAAUUGUUUGGGAAAGACCAGCUGAAAGUAGAGCUGAAGAAGGGGCAUCUGUUUGAAGGAUGGACUGAAGGGGUCAUCAACUUUCCUCCAACGUAUAAGUACAAGGUUAACUCAGAAAAGUACAUAAGUGAUGAUAACAAAUCUGGAAGGAGAACACCUGCAUGGUGUGACCGAAUUCUUUCCCAUGGUAAGGGUAUGAGAUUACUGUCAUAUAAGACAGUUGAUCUCAGACUAUCAGAUCACCGCCCUGUGACUGCUGUGUACAUGGCAGAUGUGGAGGUUUUCUCUUCAAAAAAGCUGCAGAGAGCUCUGACCUUCACCGAUGCAGAGGCUGAGGAACAGCUCUCCUUCGAGGAAGACAAUGCUUCUGGAAUAUACAACCUUGGACUAUAUGAAAGUUCAAGGUAAUCUUGGACACACAUUGAAACAGACUUUAUGCUUUUCUCAAGUAUCCAAGGAAGAACAGGCAAGUUGGUAGUAGGUAGUCCUGUACAAUUUUAUCCAAAAUAUGGUCAGAGAUUACGACUUAGUCCUGCUGCCCAGCAUGUGCCUCUCUAUUUUUCUGAGACCAGCAGUUGGUAGUAGGUAGUCCUGUACAUUUUUAUCCAUGCUCUGACCAUAUUUUGAAAUCAGAUGACAUGCAUUUGCUGCUUUUGAGUACUGUGUACCUCAUAUGUGCAAAAAUAAUCUCUGACCAUAUUUUGAAAUCAGAUGUCAUGUAUUUUGCUGUUUUCCCCCUCCCCCUUUUUGAGGUGGUGUGCCUCAUAUGUGGAAACCUUUUAGCUGUAAUUAAAAAUGUUGGAUACAGUAAAUAUUUCACACAGAUUGUGACAUUCUGUAAUUUCACUUCCAGUGUAAUUUUUCUUUCCUCUUUGACACCCCUACAGCAAAUGUUGAUAUCAGCUUAACUUAUUCAUGUGUUUGUUA